AAUUUUGGCUGCCUCUUCGUAUCUCGUAGCCACUAUCUGACGCUUGGAUUUUCUUCUUUAUUGUUUUUUCAUGGCCCUUCUAUAUAUACGUCUAUGUAACAUAGGUCAGCCAAUCUGUUAUGCUCUUGUAGUUAAGAGCCCAAGAGUUAUCCAGAGAGAACCAUUUCAGCUAAAGUGAGAGAGGACUGAGAGAUGGGUGUGCCGUCGUUUUAUCGAUGGUUGAUAAAUAAGUACCCGAAUGUUGUGGUUAAAGCCAUUGAAGAGAGACAACAACAAGACUCAGAGAAAAUAGAUACCACCUUGCCAAACCCAAAUGGCAUUGAGUUUGAUAAUCUCUACCUUGAUAUGAAUGGGAUUAUCCACCCAUGCUUCCACCCCGAUGAUCAUCCUAGCCCACCGGAAACCUUUGAAGAAGUCUUCAACAAUAUCUUUGAAUACAUUGAUCACCUUUUCAGCAUUGUAAGACCAAGAAAGUUACUUUAUAUGGCCAUCGAUGGAGUUGCUCCACGGGCUAAAAUGAAUCAACAACGAUGCAGACGUUUUCGGACUGCUAAGGACAAUGAAAUCGCUGCAGCCGAGGAAGAAAAGCUGAGAAGACAAUUUGAAAGGGAAGGAAAACCGGUUCUUCCAAAACGUGAAUCUGAAGUUUCAGAUUCUAAUAUUAUCACUCCAGGAACAGAAUUUAUGUACAAAUUGUCAAAGGCCCUUGGAAGCUAUAUUAGUUCACGUAUAAAUAAUGAUCCAGGAUGGAGAAACAUCAAGGUUAUCCUCUCUGAUUCCAAUGUUCCUGGUGAGGGAGAACACAAAAUUAUAUCUUUUAUACGCUAUCAGCGGAAUGUUAGUGGUUAUGAUCCAAAUACCAGGCACUGCCUGUAUGGUCUGGAUGCUGAUCUGAUAAUGCUCGCUUUAGCAACACAUGAAGUUCAUUUUUCCAUUUUGAGAGAGGAUGUGCUACAAGCACAGCAACCAGUUGGUGAAUCAGCUUCAGAAACAAGCCUCAAAUUCGAGUCCAGCUUAGAGAAAAGUGGAGGAGGAUUGUUUAAUUCUUCUAACGUGGUCAAGAAAAGUGCAUCUUUGGCCAAGAAGCCUUAUGGGUUUCUACAUGUAUGGAUUUUAAGGGAAUAUUUGGAGCUAGACAUAAAAAUAACUGAUCCUCCUGAGAAUUUCAAGUUUGACCUUGAGAGGAUUGUUGAUGACUUUGUCUUCAUAUGCUUUUUCGCGGGAAAUGAUUUCCUACCCCACAUGCCUACUUUAGAACUUCAUGAGGGUGCCAUAGAUUUGUUGAUUUAUGUUUACAUGAAAGAGUUCAAGAACUUUGGUGGCUAUCUAGUUGACAUGAGCCGGCCUGCUGAAGAUAAAAGAGCAGGUUAUAUAAAAUUAUCCAGGGUUGAGAAGUUCAUUCUUUUGGUUGGCUCAUAUGAAGAUAAAAUCUUCAAGAAAAGAUUGGAAUUGCGUAAUCGCAAACUUAGACGGCUUUGCUAUUAUUUAGAUGAUCAAGAAGAUAAUGAAUGUGGCAAUCUGGAGUUUCAUCCUAGGGAUAAUGAUCAUGAAGAAGCAUCAAGUUUCAUAGGUUCAGCAACCGUGACAGUACAAAAUGUAUCAUCUUUUGAGGUUAUCAAAAAUACGAAAGAGUUGAAAGAAAAGUUGAAAUCCAACCUUCGCAAAAAGUUUGACUUAUUUAAGAAUGGCGGUCUGGGGACUGACAAAGUGAGAUUGGGGAACUCUGGUUGGAAAGACAGAUACUACAAAGAGAAAUUUUCUGCAGAAAGCUCUGGGGAAAUUGAAAACCUUAGGAAAGAGAUAGUUAAGAACUACACUGAAGGACUAUUGUGGGUUCUACUAUAUUAUUUUUCAGGAGUCCCAUCAUGGACAUGGUUUUAUCCGUACCACUAUGGACCCUCUGCUUCAGAUUUGAAGGGCCUUGCUCAAGUUAGAGUAAAGUUUAAAAAGGGUUACCCUUUCAAACCAUUUGAUCAAUUAUUGUCUGUCCUAUCUCCACUGAGUGCUCAUGCACUUCCUAAAGUUUAUCACGCUCUUAUGACAAAUGAAGAGUCUAACAUCAUUGAUUUUUAUCCUACAGAUUUUGACGUCGAUACGGAUGGAAAGCGAUUUAUGUGGCAGGGAAUCUGCAAGCUUCCUUUUAUAGAGGAAGGACGCCUUCUAGAUGAAACGAAAGAUCUAGAGAAGGAUCUAUCAGAGGUUGAAGCAAUGAGGAACAGAAACAGUGCUGACCGGUUAUAUGUGAGUAGCACAUGCAAGUUGGCAUCUCAAGUUUUGUCUCUCACUCCAAUGCAAAAUCAAUCGGUCAAGAUAGAUACCAGUUUGAGUGAUGGUAUCAGUGGUUCUAUACGUCGCCUUAAUCAGGAUACUGAAAGGGAUCAGGGAGAAGUCCAUUGCAACAUUGAAGAGAACUGUGUUUUAUGUGUAUCUUUUGAGAUGCCUGAUGGUAAUGCACAUUUUCCUCGUUUACUUGAUGGUGUAAACAUUCCAGAGAAGACUAUUACUGAAGAUGAUAUUUUGGAAACAGAACUCUGGCAUGAAUACCAGGGUAACAAACCCCCCUCUAGACUGCAGCAGCACCAAGGGUGUAGAAAAGCAGAUAAUGGCACUCAAGAAGGCUAUUGCAGGAGAUUUAUGCCAGACUCAUCUACUGAGGUGGUACAUAAACAAGCUGAUCAUGGAUGGGGUGCUGGUAGAGGGAAACAAAAUGAUAGUUCCAAUAUUAGUAAACAUAUUGAGAGUACCAUUGGGAGAAUUCAGCUCAAAGAUGGUGAAAGAAUCGUGUUACCUAGCUCUUCUUUUGUCGAACAGAAUAGUACCGGAUCAAGUUGGAAUGCUAGAAAGGGUUACAGUCAUCCUGUUAGCUCAAGUAAUAACUUAAACAACAGGUCAUCCAAUUACAAUGGUACUUGUGCUUUGAAUCAGAAAUGGAAGCCAGUGGGUACUGAUAUUAGUAAAAAAGAAGGCUUCACGGACAAGGAUUUGAAAAAUUCAGGGUCCAACGAAGGGUUCAGGUCAUAUGGAAGGACUCAGUUGCUGAACAACAACAAUUUCUGGCAGUCUAGGACAGAUUCAACAAAUGACAGAAACAAUGCCUGGCAUCAGAAGAUAAAUGCCGGUGCUACUCCUAGUAAUGACCAACAGAGGGGGAAACAGGGCUCUACAGGUUAUACGCCCAAUCCUAAUAACAUGCAAGUACGUGGCAGAGGCCAAAAUGUUACCGAAAGUAGCAAUCGUUGGUAGUUACAUCCCAAACUUCUGGCAAUUACCAACUUCUUUUUCUUUCUGUCUGUGAGUGCAAUAAUGCUAUUCAAUGACAAGGCCAGCAUCAUCAAUUAUAUGUGCUAACCUGGCGCUUUUGUAACAUUUACUCUUUUUUCUUCUCAUUGUUUUCAAAUUUUACUCUUAUUGAUUUCAA